AUUAAAUAAAUUAUAUAUUUUAAUAAUGGCCGACUUGGACUCAUCUGUGAUAAAACGUACACAGCAAACGUUGGGAAAAUAUGUGAAGAAACCACCCUUAACGGAGAAAUUGUUAACGAAGCCUCCAUUUCGCUUCUUGCAUGAUGUCUUUAAUGCUGUUAUUAAAGAGACCGGUUGUUUUGCUGGUUUGUAUACGCCUGAGGAGCUGAACUCGGAAAAUAUCAAAGACCGUGAUGAUAAGAUGAGGUUCCUGCAAAAGAUGAUUGACGUUAUAAAAUUGAUAUCCAGCAAGCCUCUAACAGUAAGAACCUCCAAAAUAGUUGCUGGUCAAGAGCCUGAAAAAACCAAUGAACUAUUACAGCUGAUUGGUGAGGUGGUUGACAAUAAGUUAGAUUGGAAAAAUGCUGUAGAUGAGGUACUAAAAGUCAAAGAUGCAGCCAAGAACGCAGCUACGUCGAAAUCCAAGCCACCCGACAAGCCAAUGGAUAGAAAGACUAAAGAUAAAGAAAACAGUUUGAAGGAAACAAAAGCUAAAGAAGCUAAAAAAGUCGGUAAAACCAUAACGCCCACGCCUAAAAGUGAAAAGCCUUCGAAGAGACCUGUAGGGCGAGACAAGGAAAAAACUGGUAAAGCGUCAAAAGAACAAAAGGAUAAGAUUGUUAGUAAAAACGAAAAAUCUAAGUCUUUAAAACCUAAAACUGAUAUUAAAGAAAAGAGUCCUUUGCCAUUAAAAACAGAAGACACAAAGAAACAAAAGAGUUUAGAUGUAACAAAUACCACAUCUAAUGAGCCAACCGAUAGCGAUGCAAUUGGUUUUGGCCCAAAAGUAGUAGAGCAGAAGGGCUCACCAGCAAAACAGAGCAUUCCCAAUGAAAAUAAUCGACGCAACAGCAAAUCAUUAGUACAAGAUAUGAUGGCCUCGCAGCUAAUAUUGGACAGUAAUCCAACUAUGGAAACGAAUAAAGCGAAUAUGGAGCCAUCAAAUGACGCUGGAAGCCGUAAAUCAUCUGCUAGGCAGAAGAGAUCUUCUGGCAGCAGUCGGCGAUCGAGCGCCAAUGUGACGUUACGUGAAAAGGUUGUGACUCCAAUAUCUGAGCCGCAAAAUGAAAAAAAAGACGAAAAUGAAAAUAUACAGAAGAACAUUUUGGAGAAAGCAAUAGAGAAAACAACGCUAACUAACGAGCCGCCAAAUGAACAAGAGUUAGAACCCUUACAAAAGUCCAACUCACAACCGCAAAAACCGGAAGUAACUCCACAACAACAAAGUCCAACACAAACACCUAUGAAGCCCACACCCCCACCGCCACUAUCAACACCUACCGAGGUUAGACGCGAGUCAACAUUUACACGGGACAAUUCACGUGAAAGUACCAGUAACAAUAUUACAAAUCGGCCGCGCACCUCUUUGCGUCCGCCGAGUGCGCGUCCUGCUUCAGCCCGACCAGGUGCACCACGUAGGCGUGAUCGUAAUAUUGAAAUCGUGUUACAGCCCAAUGAUGAGAUGAAAAUGUCCGGUAUCAAUGUAAAAUUGGAGAGUUUUGGCGAUCUAGAUGAUGAUGGUGAGAAUUUGGUGGUAAUUGAAGAUGCCAGUACUGUCGCUAUUGCGGAGCCGCUCGAAGAUGGGGAACGUGUGAGUGAUACAGUCGUUGGUAAUAACCUGGAGCAACAAGGCCAUUUGGUACAACAAAUACUCGAAACACAAAAGGAAUUUCAACAACAGCAAAACGGAAAUAACUCCUCCGGGAAGAGUGACAAGGAGAUGGAAAUUUCCAAUAAUUUAACCGGUCGCCAAAGCUCAGCACGUCAAAUGAAUAACCUGCGAGAUAUAAUACAAAAUUUGACAAAGUCGGUUAAUCCGUUUGGUAAAUUAAUGGAUUUCAUACCGGAAGAUAUCGAUGCCAUGCAAUUAGAGUUAACCAUGUGGCGGGACACAUAUACACAAGUGGCUAACGAACUUAGACGGGAAAAGAGUCUGACCGAGUCGGCAACGGAACCGAUGAAAAAUCAGCUUGUCCAACUCGAAGCAAACAUUAAAGAGUUCAUGGAAAUGAUCGAUGCGAGUCGCAGCAAAAUUUUACAAAAUUCAGAGAAAAUAUUAAAAAUGCUUACAGACUAAUAAACUAUAAAAACAACAAAUUAUUCUGCACUAUAUGCACCAUCAAAUAAUACAAUAAGAUGGCUGCUCUUGUAUCAUAGAUCUAUCAUAUGUAGGUGUACAAAUUAAUUCAGUUCGU